UUUAAAAUGUCGUACAUAUCACGUUAACAAGAGAGAUGCAAAUAAAUAUUUGGUAACUAACUGAAUAACUUCCGAACUAAAAUCCUCACCAGUGUUCUCUUGUAUAGAAUACAUUUACGGAUUUACCUCGUGUGUGGAUAAGCAGAUAAAUAUGUCUGCUCACAAGACAUUCAUCAUCAAGCGAAAAUUGGCUAAAAAGCUAAAGCAAAAUAGACCAAUUCCACAAUGGAUACGUAUGCGAACAGGAAACACCAUUAGGUAUAACGCUAAGAGACGUCACUGGCGUAGAACCAAGUUGAAGUUGUAAAUUCCUUCAUUUUGUACCUAUAUUAUUUUGUUUCACCUUAUUAUAAAUUAAUUAAAAUGAAAUAAAUUAAUAUUUCAAAA